AGAGAUGUAUCAUUUGUUUCAUGGCCGUUUGAAUUCAGCAGCCUGUGAUAGUCAUAUUUAGGCUAUAAUUUAUUUGAAAUUUUCCCAGCUUCCUGAAAUGAGGCCAGGAAGUCAGAUAUGAGAGGGCGGUAGAAAGUUCAAUCGCCACUAAAAUAUCUCAUAACACUAUUAGCAGACGGCUUCUACCAUUCUUCAAUCGUCGCUUUAUCGUGCGUAGUUCUCUUCACCGUAUUCUUUAUAGCGAAUGAUUUGACUGUGAGUCACGUGACGGUAUAUCAAAAGAACGUAGUAUGUAGACGUUAUGUGUUUGUGCUCUUUAUAGUUCAUGUGAUUAAAUUGGAUUUAUAAUAAUAAUAUGGAAGUGAGAAUGGAUAUACGGGUAUUAAUAAUAUCCUUUGUUUAUACUAGCCUUAUAUCAUCGCUGCCCAUAAACCACAUUCGACAUAUCAAUAUAUACGGUUAUUUAAGUAAAUAUGGGUACAUUUUAGAAACCAAUUGGGAAUUGAAAAGCAAAGACGAACGCAUCAAAGAAGGUCUUAUUAAGUUUCAGAAAUAUCAUGAUAUUCCGAGGACUGGGGUAUUAGAUACUGAAACAUUAAAGUUUGUGAUGACACCUCGCUGUGGUGUAGCUGAUAAUAUACCUGUAAUAGUAGAAGAUAAAACUACCAGUUCUAAUAGAAUUAAACCAGCCGAAUAUAAAGUUUUUGCGGACAGAUGGCGAACAAAAAAGUUAAAAUGGUAUGUUACCAGAUAUACCAACCAAGUUACUAUAGAUAAACAAAGGUCAUCAUUUAGAAAAGCUCUUAGUAUAUGGGAGGAGGUGUCACAGUUAGAAUUUGUAGAACAACGAGAUAAUGUAGAUAUUGAGAUACAGUUUGUGCGGCUCGACCAUGGCGAUGAAAGUCCAUUCGAUGGUCCAAGUCGAGGACGUACAGGAGUUGUUUUAGCUCAUGCCUUCCCUCCAGGUGGCAGUGCAAUAUCUGGUGAUGCACAUUUUGAUAAUGAUGAAAAAUGGACAGCGGAUAUAGAUAGCGAAGAUAAAGAUAAGAAAUAUUUAGAGUUAAUAGCUGCCCAUGAAUUCGGCCAUUCCUUGGGUCUAGAUCAUUCUCGAGUACCAACUGCACUGAUGAGCGCCUAUUAUGUUAAUUCUCAAAGACAUUAUGAGUUACAUGAAGAUGACAUCGAGGCAAUACAAUCACUGUACGGUGCACCAUCAGGAUGGAAGCCACGUACAACCCCAAAACCAACACCACCACCACCAGUGCCUGUUUGUCAUAAUUUAUUUACAGCAGUUGUCUGGGGACCAGAUAAAAGAACGUAUGGUAUAUAUAAUGAUAAAGUAAUAGAGUUAGCUGAUAAACGUGGUGUUAUGGCUAUACCACGAUCACUACAGGACGUAUUCCCUGGUUCACCUAUAGGUGUUGAUUUUGCUAUUACAUUACCUGACGGUUCAAGUACAUUUAUGUUUAGAGGUAAAUAUAGUUCAAAUAAAUAUUUAAUAUCGCCAUCUAUUCUCUUUAUAUCCUUAAAGAGCAACAUCAGUGGCCACAGAUUUUGCAAUCUAUUAAAAUGA